CGAUCACCACAGUCAAAAUGGAGGCAAAAGAACUCUUUCCGGUGCUUGAACAGCUAGAUGAUGACAUUGAUGACGUGGAAGAAAUGAUCCAGCCGCUACUUAGUCGCUCACUCGCUGAGACGUCCAAGAACCUGCCUGUCUUGGACAAGGCGAAAUUCUAUGUUAUGGUAACUUACGCGCUGGAAAAUGUGAUCUUCUCUUAUUUGAAUCUCCGUGGGGAAGACCCCAAAGCGCAUGCAGUGUGGAGAGAGCUCACCAGGUUGAGACAAUAUUUCGACAAGAUCAAGACAGCAGAGACAGGACCUGAACAGCGCACAAUGACCCUCGAUAAAGAAGCUGCCAAUCGGUUCAUCAAGCACGGUCUCGCUGGAAAUGACAGGAUUGACCUAGAGCGCAGAGAACGAGAGGCGAAGGAGAGAGCAGUUGCUCGACGGAAAGAAUUGGAAUUGCUCAUGAAAUCUGCGAAGUCGGAACAAUCUUCCAAAGAUCCUUCAGGAGAUUCGAGAUCCGAUGCCGACUCCGACCCUGACGAAGACGAAGAUGGCGAUUCGGACAAUAACGAAACAACAGCCAAAAAACCAGUACCAGCUUCUAAACCAGUAGACGUCCCACGUUCCGAGAAAACCAAGAAGACUGGAAAUAAGAGUAAAGACAAGAACAAGCGCUCCAGGCAAGGGAAAAAACUUGACAAAGAAGGGCUGCGCAAGGAAAGCGUGGAGAGAAAGCAGAAAAAGAAGAAUAGUCGGAAGGAAAGGAAUGGGAAAUGAAGAGGCGGAUUGAAUAAUGGGCACUAAGAUGAAAUAGGGCAACAAGACAUCGAAACGAAAUCAUUCUAGCGACCAGCUGGCCUGGUUCCAGCAUAAUACUCCUCUACUGUCGACGGUGCGGCUGUGAUUCGGCAGCUUCCAGGCAGAUGCCUUCUCAUACAAGCUCCUGAGAUUAUAAAGAGCCUGCGCUCUUCGUUCCACGAACGGGCAUUAUCCUUACACUGCUUCAGCAGCGCGUCUCUGGUCGUGCACAAAUUAUAGAUAGAUACCCUUGAAAUAUAAAUGGCAAGGUAGAUAGCAAUACUAUGGAAGCAAUUAUAACAACGCAAAUACUAGUUUUCACUCAGCCAUGC